AAGGAAUUGUGUCAUCAUCAACAGAGUGUACAGAUGGUUCUGAACCAACUGCUGCAGUUGUGCCACCUCUUGAGAGAAAAUUAAAAGUCGCACGGCGAAGUGAUACUAACUUCCGCGAGGCGCUUAAAAGCAGGAAACAUGCUGCCAUUACCAACAAGGGGCCAGUGAUAGCAAAGCCAGAGAUACCCAAUGGCGACUCCUUUGUUAGAGCACAUGCUGCACAUCUAUCCAUAAACCACAAAGCUCCCGUCACCUCGGUGCCGAUAAUUCAAAACGGUCUGUUAGCAACACCGCAGAAUGGCUGUAAUAGCCUGGCAACACAUCGACCUUCGACCCCACCUGCAAAACGUCAGUCGUCGAGCCAGGCGUUGCCAGCGAGAUCUCGGGCGCUGAGUCCGGGCUUCAGACGCAGGUCUCCGUCGCCGACGGACGGGUUCGAUCCGGCCGUCUUGCGACGCCGCAUUCAGAAGGCGCUAACUGCCCGUCUUUACUUGCUGCACCAGCCCGGUCCGAGCUCGUUCCUCGUAGGAGGCGACUUGCCCGAACAUAAAUACCGAGUUAUGGUCGGACCGCAGUCAUGCACGUGUGGACGUGGUCCUUUCUGUGUGCAUCUACUGUUUGUUAUGCUGCGAGUGUUCCAGUUGUCGCAAACCGAUGGCAUGAUCACUAGCAGAACCCUGAAAAACUACGAGGUGGAAGCACUGCUAAUUGCUUACCAGGCGCGACGCGAGUCGCAAGUGCACGCGUACUCUGCGCGCAAGAACGUUGAGCCACCGGAGAGCAGCGGCAAGUCUCAGCCGGCGUUUUCCUCCGGGAUGGAAGGUAGCAAGUCUCGAAAAAAGGCCAAGCGCUCCAUUCGCUCGCUGACAGAGGUGAAGGAUGAUGUGGAAGAAAAGGAAGAAGAGGAAACGAAGGAGGAGGACGUUUGUCCAAUAUGUCUGCUGGAAAUGAGUGAAGGCGAGAGUCUGGUAACCUGUGUGGCCGGCUGCCAGAAUUCCCUCCAUCAACACUGCAUGUCGAUUUGGGCCGAGGAGUGUCACCGGCAGAGCGAGCCUCUUGUGUGCCCACUGUGCAGAUUUCAGUGGAGUUCCUACCAAGGGUCCACGUGCAGUGUCAGUCGUGUUCACCCCGACCUGGCGUCACUCGAGGGCACCGAGGGCCAGGGCCGCUCGUCCUGCGAUGGGAAAUGCGACGGCGACGACGCCGUCUCUGCCGGAUUGAAGCCACGUGUUGAUGACAGUUGCGAGCUCAGCCGUGCUCCCUCGGAUGACAUCUCAUGCUCGUGCGACUCGGGGAUACUGGAGAAUCUAGUGACCAAGUGUUCGAUCGACGAUCGGAUGGGGAGCAGCAGCAGCGGCAGCGGAUCACGCGCGACGACCUCACUUCUGCCUGCUUCUUGCGAUCCUGCUCGCGUGAGCUGUCGGAUUCCCUGCAUCCCAGCGCUGAGUACCGCAGAGGAGGCGCCAGAGAGCGUGUGCGUUGACGAUGAGCAUAAGAACUGCCGUUGCUCCACGGAAUAUUUGGAGGGCGUGCACUGGAUAAAGGGCAAGCUGCUGGGUGCUGGGGCCUACUCGUCCUGCUACCACGUACAAGACACCAAAACCGGGACGUUGAUGGCAGUAAAGCAGCUUUCCUUUUGUCGGAAUGCGCAAGACGAUCAGGUGAAGGCGAUCCGCGAGAUCGAGUGGGAGAUCGCGACGAUGACGCAGCUCGAGCACGCUCACGUCGUGCGCGUGUACGGCGCGUCGCGCCGCGCCAAGCACUUCAACCUGUUCGCAGAGUGGAUGGCCGGCGGCUCGGUGGCGUGCCUCCUCGCAGAGUACGGCGCCUUCUCGGACGCCGUCGUCACCGAUUAUGUUCGCCAGGUGCUCCUGGGCCUCGUCUACUUACACGACAAGAAGAUUCUGCACCGCGACCUGAAGGGCGCGAACCUGCUCGUCGACAGCACCGGCCAGCGGCUGAAGAUAGCUGACUUUGGCAUCGCGGCACGCCUAGCUGCCAGCGCCACCGCACCAGGAGAGUUUGAGAAGCAGCCGGUGGGAACGUGGGCGUUCAUGGCGCCCGAGGUGCUGAGGGGGGAGGACUACGGCAGGAGCUGCGACAUAUGGGCCGUCGGCUGCUGCGUGAUCGAGAUGUCAUCUGCGCAGCCACCGUGGGGCGCCACCGACAUCUCCAACCACUUCCAGCUCUGGUGGAAGAUAGGUAACUCGAAAACGCCGCCUCCGCUUCCCGAUCGCUUGUGCGCGGAGCUGAAGAACUUUGCUAUGCAAUGCAUGAAGAUGUGUCCCAAGGAGAGGCCGGCAGCAAGAGAACUGGUGCAGUGGCCUAUAUUUGUAGAUGUGUAA